AUGAGAUAUUUCAAUGGGAUAAACUUGUCACUAUGCCGCAAGGGAUGUCCUUAUCUACAUGUAAAUAUCAUUGUUCAAGACGGUGCAUUUUUCUACAUUGAGAACAAUCAAACGUGUCUGUGUAAUUCGGAACAUGAAAAUACUGAAGGUCAUGUAACUGCUGAUGCCAAUAGAGGCUUUAUUUACGGAGUAAAGAAAAUAUGCGUUUUAACUUCGUACAUUCAGAGCUCAAAUGAAUUAUACAAUAGAAUACAUCGUCAACCAGGUGUCUUUGACUGUUUAUCCCUUUAUGAGCUGGGCUAUGCCGAAGACGGUGUGUAUGUUAUUAAACUGACGGAAGGUGUGAAUAUUGACGUGUGGUGUGAUAUGUCCAAUGGUGGAUGGACUAUUAUACAGCGACGCCAAGAUGGAUCUGUGGACUUUUAUAGAGGUUGGGAUGAAUACGUGGAUGGAUUUGGGAACACAACAGGCGAGUACUGGCUUGGUCUUAAAUACAUUAAUAUACUAACAAAAAUUGGAAGUGAACUUUAUAUAGAAAUGGAAACGUUUGAAAAAGAUAAUGUUUCACCCGCAUCAGCUUAUGCCGAAUAUUCCACAUUUAAGAUCAAUGACGAGACUGACAAAUUCAGGUUGUCAGUUUCAGGAUAUAAUGGUAGCUGUGCGGAUUCUUUGGCCUUUCAUAACGGUUGGAGAUUCUCCACGUUCGACAAUGACAAUGACGGAAAAGGAAGCGAAAAUUGUGCUGUUGAUUACAAUGGUGCUUGGUGGUAUAGAACGUGUCACGCAAGCAAUUUAAAUGGUUUGUAUUUGGGAGGUUCUAACACAGAAUACGGUAAUGGUGUCGUUUGGGCCACGUGUUGGGACCAAUAUUAUUCGCUUAAAGAAACCGUUAUGAGAAUACGACGGAAAACGUAA